UCGAAUCCCAGCGGUGCCUUUUGGGGUUUCCGUAAUACUUUCGCUACAUAAAGCAUGUACAUGAAGUAUAUUGGAUAAUGCAUAGGCGUUACUGUUAUUGAAUCAUGCACAUUACCUGAAUUAUUUCCAACAUGAUCACAAAAACUCAAACGUUCUGAUUCGAUUAUGCUUUUAUUUUGAAAUGUCCAAAUAUAUCUAUCGUCACUACCUUAAAAAUAACGAAACUUUGGGUCAAAGUUCUACCGCUGUGUUCUGGAACCCACUUCCAAGUCGAUCGAAUUCACGCUCUGGCACAAGUUACUGGCUUUCUUUAUUAGAUGGCAAACGAAGCCAAUCCGUGUCCGUGUAACAUUGGAGAUCGGAUGGAGUAUGGAGGUCUGGGUCAGGAGGUUCAGAUAAAACAUUUUCAUGGUUACGUAGUAAAACCUACAGCUCCAUCUGAGAAAGCCAUCAUUGUUAUACAAGACAUAUUUGGAUGGAAACUUCCCAACACCAGAUAUAUCGCUGAUAUGAUUGCCUCCAAUGGAUACAUUGCUGUGUGUCCAGACUUUUUUGUUGGAAAAGAGCCAUGGAGUCCAUCACACGAUUGGUCCAAGUUUGAGGAGUGGCUUGAAGACAAAAAAGCUACCAACAUUAAGAGAGAAGUGGAUGCAACUAUCGAGUUUCUGAAAAACAAGUGUGGUGCCAAACAUAUUGGUGUAGUGGGAUUUUGCUGGGGAGGCAUUGCCACUCACUACAUAUCUCUGCAGUAUCCUGAAAUUGAAGCUGCAGUCUCAGUGUAUGGAGUCAUACGCAUGAUGGAUGACAGUUGUGACCUGAAAAGCCCCACUCUUUUUAUAUUUGGAGAGAAAGAUGAUUACAUUCCUCUUGACCAGGUGAAAGUCCUUGAAACCAAACUAAAGGAGGAAUGCAAAGUGGACUAUCACGUUAAAAUAUUUCCUGGACAGACCCACGGCUUUGUUCAUCGUAAGAGGGAGGACGUAAACCCAGAAGAUGCACCCCAGAUCCAGGAGGGCAGGAGAGACAUGCUGAACUGGCUCAAUAAGUACAUGUAGUACACUUAUAUUACUAGAAAGUGUUGAUUUAUUGACAGUGUCAAUUAUUCACAAUAAUACAUAUAAUUAAAUCAUUGUAUCAUCAUGUAUGAUUUGCAGUUUAUAUUAAUAAUAAUAAUAAUAAAACCUUAUCUAUUGUGUGUACAGUA